GACAACGUAAAUAUAACCAUUUCUUUUUCAUUUUUCAGAUACCAAAGAACAGAUCGUGCAGCGAGGCGGGGAUCGAGCCGCACUGGUGCACGUGCCUGCGCUGGCUCAACGUGUCCGACGCCGACCCGCUCUAUCAUCGCGCCGCACGCGCCGUCGUCGACUACAUCAACUCGCUCACCGAGCCUGUCCGGUCGCUGUGCGCGGUCCGUACCCUCCUGGAGGUCUCGUGGGAGAGCCGCUGGCGCGCGAACAGUCGGCUGCUGUCGUUCGUGGAGGCGCGCGACGCGGACGGGUACGUGGGGCGGUUCGGCGCGGGGCUGCGGCCUGACAAGGAGCACUGGCAGGUUAAGAUCGCAGUAGGUCCCGGUCGAGGCGUGUACGAAGCUUCCAUGACGUACACGAAGAAAGAAGAUAAGUUCUUGGUGAAUGCGCGGGACAUAUCGAGAACUAACGCAUAUAAUAAUGAACCGAGCUGUAUAAGCGCAACGCAUCCGCACUUAAACAUGUUCUGCUACUGCAACGGAUGAGCGCAACUGUUGCAGCAACACACCACGCAACAACACUACGCAACACACCGGUGAAAGUAGCGACGUAUUAACGAAUUAAAACAAACGUUUUAAAAAUACUGUAAUUAUUAAAAAAAAACUGUAAUCAUAUGAUAAAAACAUAGAUAUAUAUUCUUGAACCAUUUGAUAACACAAAAAAAGAAAGAAGAAAUAGUGUUCAGUUAAUAUAAUUAAGAAUUUUGUACGACAUAGUGUUGUCCCUUUCACUCUUAUAGAAUUUCAUAACAUUAGAAAGAGACACAUCUAAUACUAAUGUAACUAGAUAUUAGAAUGGAAUAUUUAGGAUAACUGAAGGGAAUUGCCGGCACAAGUGAAUCGGUUAGCAGCUGUUGUUAGUUGCUAUGUGUAUACCAAAAAUAAAUCUCGUAGUGUUGUUUAUUUGUAAAAUUCACUUUUUAAUGUCGAUAAAAAGCUGAGUAAUUUAUUAAUUUCAACUUGGGCUAAGUUUGAGUAAUAAAAACAAGAAAAAUAUUAUUUAUAUGUUUCGCUUUUUUUACGAAAUUUGAUAUUAUAACUUAUGAAAUUAAUUAUAGUGUCUAUUGUUUUGAAAUAAAGCCAUAUUUAUAAAUUUGUAAGAUCGUAUACUAAACCACGUUUUUGGUGUGUUUCUUGUUUAGACUAAUAUCUCAAAUGUCUAAACAGAUCUUAACUGGGCUUUUAUAAUUUAAAAAAGGUGAUUUCUUUUUUAAAAAAUCUUUUUAAUAUUUUUUUUAUUGUAUAUAAAAAUUACGACUUUCAUAAUGAAUCUCAUGAAACACUUUUAUGUUUUUACUCGAACUCGCCAUUGAGUUGUUUUUUAUGAAUCUCGGCAUAAUUUUAAUUCUAGUAUAUUCUAGUGUUUUAUGUUCCAAAGAAUAUUGUAUAUUUCUUACUCAUUUCAUUUUACUUAUAGAAAAAUAUCGUAAAUACAAAGAUGUUUGUUUACGGCCGAAAUAAAUAAUCGAUCUUAAUCGAUAUAAAUCGAUCUCUAAAAUAAAACAAUCGAAAUAAGUAACAUGCGUGCGUUGGCAUUAGAGUGAAAUCUAAGUGCAUCACUUUUGCAAUCUAUUAGAUUAUCGAUUAAUCGAUACACUAUAAUAUCGAUUAAUAUUCUUCAUUUAUUUCGGUCGUUAGUGGUAAUACUCGUCUCUCGCGCUCGUCAUUACGUGUGGUCGGUAAUGAUCUAUUUUAAACUCCACUGGAAACCACAUGUCGAAACAACAUUACCCGUUGAAUUAUGGAGGUACUAACUAUAACAGAUGUUCAAACGGUAUAUAGUGGCCCACGUAAGUGUCGCGUUUCGAUAUCAGCCUGUACAUACAAGCGAAUAGGCUGGCAUUAUAGUGUGGACUGGCAAGGGAUAAUCGAUACUGGACCUUACUACACUUACCAUUAGGUGCACUGAGGACACGUUGCCGUACCCGAUUAUAACAAAAUUUUACUUUUAAACAGAUGAUUGUAUUGGUGUGUUAAACAUAGAUUAUAUUAAAAACUACCUACUCGAAGAAAGGUUUGAGUUUAACAGGAAGGAAGUAUGUAUAAGCGCAGGAUUUCUCCAGUAACCGUAGAGAUAUGAAUGUAUAUUGUGUAAUGAGUUUAACCAUUCAAAUAUUAUCGAUUAACAAUCGAUCUUAAUAUUAGGUCCUUAGGUAUGAGAUUGGCGUUUUGUCGUACUGGCCACUUUGAUCUGAAAUAUCAUCUCUUUAGAUAAGAAUUCCAAAUUCAAAUUUAUAAUUAUAAACGCGUUUAACUGGUGCAUAUUUUUGAGAUUUCGAAAACAGUCUUUUUUCUUGGUUUGUUUUUCUAUGGCUUUCUCUAUAUCGUACAUGUAUGUGAAAUGUCUAUGCAUACUUUGAUUACUAUAUUAUAUGAAACUCUGUUCAUAUAGGACCUAACAUUUUGUACACGACCGCCGUUUCUGAAAUUCCUAAAACCAGACUAGAUAUAAGAUAGAUACUCUUUAAUAAACCAUUCAGUCUUAACAGGUGAAAAAUACUUUUUGGUGUUACCUACAUUUUUUUUGCGUACACUAAGGAGUGUCUUUAAAAAAACAAAACUUAAGAUCCAAAGAGAACAUCUAUUAAUGCGAACAAAAACAUCUGUCACUAAGUGCGUCUACUACAUUGAAAGUAUAUUACGCAUAGUCAAACCGUAUUGUAUCGAUUUGCACGCACAAAUGUAUACAUUUUCAACGGUUAUUAUUUUACGCACACUAAUAUAAUUCAAUGAGCGUGUGCAUGAUCAAAUCAACAACAAUAAAAGUUCGAGCAUUC